AUGCUCUCACCCUGCUUGCUCUCGUCCUGCUCUGAUUGGUUUAUUAGCCCUCUCUGCACGGAUGGGAGAGCAGUGAGAGGACUGUCAGGACUAUCAGCCCUGUGGGGGUCACGGGGGGGUCGUACAGCUGUGGGCGGGGCGGGGGGACACCCACGUGCGCGAACCCGCAGCGUGCACGCGCCCAAGGGCAAACAUGAGGCGCGCAGCCGCGUGUUCGCGGAUCUGAGCCGGGACGAGUACGCGCAGGUCCAGGACUACAUGCUGCGGCAGAAGGAACUCAACAUCUCCACGCGCCAGAGCACGAGACCUGACGAUAACUUUCUGUUUUUGAUAGAUCUGCGCCCCUCUCUGCACGGAUGGGAGAGCAGUGAGAGGACUGUCAGGACUAUCAGCCCUGUGGGGGUCACGGGGGGGUCGUACAGCUGUGGGCGGGGCGGGGGUCGCACCUCGCGCCUCUGGCUCCGUGCGUCAGUGUGUUGCUGCAGACUUAAGAUGAACUCUCUACUGAAGUGGGCCGUGGGGCUCCUGGUGCUCUUCUCCGUGCUCCUGAACCUCGCUCUGAUCGUGGGAUACUCCCGCAGGACACCCACGUGCGCGACCCGCAGCGUGCACGCGCCCAAGGGCAAACAUGAGGCGCGCAGCCGCGUGUUCGCGGACCUGAGCCGGGACGAGUACGCGCAGGUCCAGGACUACAUGCUGCGGCAGAAGGAGCUCAACAUCUCCACGCGCCAGAGCACGAGACCUGACGAGAACUUUCUGUUUUUGAUAGAUCUGCGCGUGCCCGCGAAGUCUGAGGUCUUAGCGCACCUUGACGCGCACGGCCCUGCUCCGCGCAGAGAGGCCACAGUGGUGGUGUUCCACGGCUCCACAGGCUUCAUUAAAGAGUAUGUGGUGGGACCCCUGCCCAAGCCCUCCGACCACCGCGACGUGACGGCCCAAGACUACAAGGCAGAGCUGCCGCUCAGCGCGCGCCCCGUCACCAUUGGAGAGUAUAUCCUCAUCUUCAAGCUCCUGGAGCAGAGGGUCUUCUUGCCUCUGGCCAAAGUCCUCCAUGAGAGUUUCGGCGCAGAUCACAAACAUCGGCUCAAUGCGUUUGAACAGAUGCCGCGCGGAGUGCGCUCCGGAGAGCGCAAGACCUGGAUCUCGUUCUUCCGUGACCAGAGCGGGAUGUACAUCCAGCCCGCGGGCUUCGAGUACUUCGAGUCCGUGAACGCGCUGCUGGACGCGUACCGCGCGGGCUCCGUACAGAAGUUGUCUGCGUCUCCGUGGGAGGACUACGGCUCCCUGAAGCCCCGCAGCAGACCCCUGCAGGUGGGCCCGCAGCUCGUGAGCCCCGAGGGCCCGCGCUACAGUGUCAGUCACAACCAUGUGCUGUACAUGGACUGGAGCUUCGCCUUUGGCCUGAGCUCGCUCACGGGCAUGCGCGUGUUCGACGUGCGCUUCAAAGACGAGCGCGUGCUGUACGAGCUGAGCGUGCAGGAGGCCAUGUCCGUGUACGGCUCCGUGACCCCGGGGAUGGGCAUGACUAAGUUCCUGGACUCCAGCAUCGGCAUCGGCCGCUUCGCACACGAGCUGGUGCGCGGCGUGGACUGUCCGUACGAGGCCACGUACGUGGACACGUACAGGUACAUAGACGUGGCAGAGGCGGGUCGCUACCGGAACUCCAUCUGCGUCUUUGAGCUGUCUCUGGGCCAGCCGCUGCGCAGACACUUCGCAGACUUCUUCAGCCACAGUUACGGCGGGAUGGUGAACAGCGCCUUGGUCUUCAGGACCAUCACUGCCAUCGGGAACUACGACUACAUGUGGGACUUCAUCUUCUACCAGAGUGGGGCCGUGGAGGCCAAGGUGCACGCCACAGGAUACAUCUCCUCCUCCUUCCUCGUGGCCGGAAGUCUCAAACACGGACACCAGGUGGCGCACAACGUGCUGGGCAACAUUCACACGCACUUCAUCAACUUCAAGGUCGAUUUGGAUGUGGCAGGAGUGAAGAACAUGUUCCAGACCAAAGACAUGGAGUUCCGGAACGUGUCUCUGCCCUGGAUGCCCGAGCACCACGCCAUGGUCCCUCACCUGGUGGAGAAGACGCUGAGCUGCGAGCAGGAGGCAGCUCUGCGUCACGGCACAAAGAUCCCCCGCUACCUCCACGUCAGCAGCAACCAGACCAACCGCUGGGGCCACGCCCGCUCCUACAGGCUGCAGGUGUACAGCUUCAACGGGGACCACCUCCCUGAGAGCGAACCCGAGGAGAGGUCCAUUUCCUGGGCCAGGUACAAAGUGUCCAUCACCAAACACAAGGAGCAGGAGAGGACCAGCAGCAGCCUGUACAAUCAGAACGACAUGUGGAGCCCAGUGGUGGACUUCAGCUCAUUCAUCCACGACAACGAAAGUAUUGUCAACGAGGACCUGGUUGCCUGGGUGACGGCCGGUUUCCUCCACAUCCCUCACUCGGAAGACAUCCCUAACACUGUUACCGUGGGAAACGGGGGCGGAGUCCUGCUGCGGCCACAUAAUUACUUUGACAUGGACCCAUCCAUAGAGUCUCCAGACAGCGUGUACCUGAGCCCCGGCUCCGAGAGCAGCUGCGAGAGCAACCGCAUGGCCUGUGCGGAGCAGGAGAGCUGCGGGCCCCAGCGCCCGGCCUUCUCCUACCACGGCUUUGAGGGCGUCAUGAAGUUUGAGGACUGA